CUUCUCUUACUACAAUUCCUUAAUCCUAAUCCCCCAGCCUUGCCCUUCGAGUCUCCUCUUUCUCUCCCACUCUCUCGUCCUAGCUAAUAGUCAUCAGAGAUGACUGCAAAUGUAAUGGAAAAUCCAGUCAAAUCCCAGAAAUCAAAAACCUAUCGAAAGGUGGUGGCGCCCUUUGCCUUUCUUUUCUCCAUUGUGGUUUAUGCCUCUAUCUUCUAUGUCUUCAGUUUUUCUCCUUCCACUCUUUUUAACGACAAUAAGUUUUGGUUCGUCAUUUCCAACACUCUUAUCCUCAUCAUCGCCGCUGAUUACGGUGCUUUCUCCUCGUCAAAAGAUCAGAAACGUGACUUUUACGAGGAUUACGAGUUGCACAGCCAAGCAACGAGGAGAACCACCACCACCGCUGCUGCUGCUUCGUUUGUUUCUCAAUACUCCGAAAUUGCGAAAAAGAGCCUUCCCAUGGAAGAAGAGACUACUUGGAAAGACAAGUAUAAAGAAGAUUACCAUGUAACUCAAACGAAUAACGAAAUCCCAGAAAAGAUAUUGGAAGUUGUCGAAAUCGAACCUCGAAUUGACAAUUUCCAAGCCAAGAGUACUACCCAGAAGCAGGAAGUAGCAGCUCCCAUGAAAGUAGUCGCUGAUAAUGUUACUUGUUGUCAUCACCGGGUAAUAAAAAAGAAGAAGACAGAACCAAAAACUAUCCAACGGAGCAAGUCCGACAGAGUAAAACAUGUUAAAGCACUUAACGAUAAGAAGGGUGUUCUACAUCGAUCCAAGACGGAAAAGCAGCACGACGAACCAAGUGCCACAGACGACGAGUUUUCCAUCAUGUCCAAUGAGGAACUAAACAUGAGAGUCGAGGAGUUCAUUGAGAGGUUCAACAGAGAAAUUAGGCUUCAAGGUGUCAGAAACAGACAAGUUUUGGAAUCCGAAUAGACUAAAAUUUGUGUCUCCUUGGUUAUGGUUUUGAUUGAGGGGGUGCGUGUGUCUUCCCAGUAGAAAGUUGUACGGUAGGCGGUCGGUGUAAAUGGUUUGGACUUUAGUAGGAAGUGUUUAUGGAGUUAUCAUUUUCAGUUGUCAUUCAACCAUUUUAGUUUUCAAAAAUGCUUCCUUGUAA